AUGGCGCUUCAAUUGGCGGAUGGCCUGCCGGACUGUGCCAUACCGUGUCUGUCGCAGGCCGUCAACAUCACAACAUGUGCCGUCACCAAUUUGACGACAACAUGUCUAUGUCAGGAUAAGCCCGCCGUCGAGGCCUUUCGCGUCUGUAUACGUUCGAUAGCCGGCAAAGUAUCGCUCGUGAUCAUCACCGCCGUCUUCGUGCUAGCGAGGAUGCUCUCCAAGUUUCUGAGGCUGUCGACGUGGGGGCCGGACGACUUCACGUUGAUAUUAGGAUACCAAACAAACAUGCCGCAGAAGCUCACAAACCAACUCGGAAACCGGCAGGUCUUCUUCGCCUUCGAAGUAAUCUACACCCUCUCCAUCUCCGCCCUCAAAGCCUCCAUCCUCUUCUUCUACAUCCGCGUCUUCAGCAUGGUCAGCCGCACCUUCAGCCUCGUCCUCUGGCUCACCCAGACCUUCAACUUCUUGUUCUGCCUCGCCUUCACCGUCGCGAACCUGAACCAGUGCCGCCCCUUCAGCAACGCCUGGGAGGGCUGGGACGGCCGCCACCCGGGGUACUGUAUUAAUGUCUACGCCAUGUUCAUCGCGCACGCGGCGAUCAAUAUCGCACUCGAUGUGUGGAUGUUGGGGUUGCCCGUCACGCAGGUGCUGUGGUUGAAUUUGAGAAAGAGGCAAAAGGUGGAGAUUGUCGUCAUGUUUUCGUUGGGUGUUGUCAUCACAAUCGUCAGCGCAGUCCGUCUAAAAGUCCUCCUAAGCCUCGAAGGCUUCCAAGACCCAACCUACGACGCAUUCUACCUCCACAUGUGGUCCUACAUUGAACUCUCCGUCGGCAUCAUCGUCGCUUGCCUCCCCUCAACCCGCCAAGUCUGGCGCCAUCUCGUCCCCAAACUCCUCCGUCUCGUCGGGCUGGGAAGCCCCAAACACCACCACAACCACCACCACGGCCAUGAAAGGCCGGGUGACUCAGCAAAGAAGCUUCGCGACAUUUUGUUUAUGAGUACGAACACAGGAGGUUGUGGAGGAGAAGAGGGAGGUGAGGAGGAGCAUUCGUCGUCGUCGGCGGGACCUUCAAGUCCGAGUGGAUCAUCGACUCGUCGUCAGGAGGUACACUGUAAUUUGUAA